AUGGACAGCCUUGAGCCUCACAACCUCAUCAGUGACGCUGAGCAAGGCUUCAAGCAAGGCUUUGACCAAACCCCAAACCCCAGACGAUAUCUCAUGACCGCUCAUUGUCUUCCAAGGCUCGAGUUCGGUCUCCCAAGAAUACCAAGCCUCAGCCAAGCCUAUACUGGCCAUUCACGAAACUCAAUUGAGGCCGAGCCCGCCACGCCGCGUCACACUUGUUGCCCAGUCCCCAAUGACGUGCGAACGACCCAGGCCCCCCCGCCAAAGAACGACCCCAGCUCUCCCUCCAACACCGUUCUGUAA